GUCUCUGACCGUCUUACGUCAAUAAUGACGAUGACACAGUAAUGUUUUUAAGAAAAUAUUUCUAUUCCGUUUCAGGAUUUUACUAGGUCCAUUAUUUUAAAAAUAUUUAUCAAAAUCCAGCCUAUCACGCGAAAUGUGCGACUCGGACAACGAAGCUUUCGAGAGCGCCGAUGAAGAAAUUGAAGACCAAAAGCAGCAACAGCCGGAGCUAACUAGUAAGGAAACGACUCCGUCGAGCAAAGGUAACUCUGACGUGGAGAAACAAAAGAGUACAGAAAACAAAGAUGCAGCACAUGAGAAAAUUUUUGAAUCGAAGAAAACUGGAAUACGAAAGAUUGUACUACCACCCAGCAAGGAUAAAUAUAGCCAAGCGAAACUGGCGGACGAUGAAACAAAGAAACAGGAACAGGCUUCCGCAGAAGAUGGGUGGGAUUUUGAUGAUUGGGGGGAUUUCAGCGUAGACACAGGUUUAGUUGAUGCAAAAUCUCAGGACACUCCAGAAACGACAAAAUCAGAAAGGAAUGUAAAAACCAGCUUUAAAGAUGUCGACAUUGACGAGGUGGAGUCUAAGUUGAAAGAUUUUAUGAAAGGGCAAGAUGAUGCACAAGUCAGUGAUGUUUUGGAUAGACUUUCUGGCCAAGAGGGAAACAAAUCGAGUGUCGGCCAACCUUGGGGAACGUGGAAGCCCAGCUGGAGUGGUGCAGCGGUAUCGUUUCUAUCGUCGGCAUCAAAAAGUGUCGCUUCCAUUACGACGAACAUUACCCAGGUGAUUGAAUCAGGCAUUGGCGUGCCUAAUCCUGAAGAACUAGCUAAGCGCCAGGCGGUCGAACAGGCCAAACUUAAAGCUGACGGAUACAUAGCUGAUGAGGAACUACCGACGCCUGAGCAGCCAGGGUCCGAUCGAUUCGGAUUUGAUCAGAUCUUUUCAGGAGUGACCCAUAUUAGCAGCAAAGUGAUCACAGGUGGCCUUGACACGCUUGAGGGUAUUGGCAAGAAGACGAUGACUAUUCUGCAGGAGAACGAUCCCGGUUUGUUGAAUAAACGCAACUUGCUCGGAAUGGGCAACGAGGGUGUUGUUUUGAGUCAAGUGCUUCGAGAGGCCAAAGAAAAAACAGAAGAACGUGAACGUAACUUAAAGCAGGUUCAAAAACAUCUCUACAAGAAGAAGUUGCAUUUUGAAACACUGUUUGAUGAUUACCAUGGAUUAGUACAUUUGGAAGCUCUAGAGAUGCUUUCGAAGCAGGCGUCUUUGAAACUGGAGUCGUUAUUAGGUCCUCUAACUGGCAAUGCUUUGGAGGACUUGCAAGAAACGUUGAAUGAGGUGGAGGAGCUCUGCGAACUUCCGGAUUCGGAAAACGAUGAUACUGAUGGCACACAUGGUGUCGACGAGCUAGAGCGAAAGCUUAACGAGGCCGUUACCGAUUUAGAUAAUGUAAAGGUUGACUUUCAGGACUUGCUAAAAUGUUGGAAGGAAAACACAGAUUGGUUAACUUUGUCCAACUCUCGAACGGCUCAGCAGAUUUUUGAAAAGGCUAUGCAUGCUCUGGCCCAAACCACAGCUCUUUGCGUUCUACGGAUGCAUAAACUGGCCGAAAUUCUGCUUAUUCUUGAACAUCACAGCACAGCAAACGAGGUCGAUGCGUUGGUUCAAAUGACCACGGUUUUCUGCUGGCACCUGAGCGGCAUAGCUGCUCGGUUUUCGGCUGCAUUGAGUAAUCGAGUGGAUGAGGGCCCUAGUCGGCGAUCGUCAGGAGAGGACAGUGAUAAUUCUUUGAUUACUAACAUCUUUCUAGAGGGUUCCAACAGCACAUCGUAUGUUCAAAACGCGUUCCAGUUAUUCAUUCCGAUUUUGCAGAUCGGAGCGUGUUAAAUGGAGAAAAAGUUUCGUUGUAAAAUAUAAAUGAUUCUUUUAUUAAUA